GUUCGGGAUGGAUUCUAGGUUAAAAUUUGUAUCGGGUUCGGAGUCGGUGUCUAACUUUAAGUCAUAGUUUAUUAUAUUCUUACAUUUCUGAUUUUUAUAUGGAUAAAUUUAAAAAAAUAUUUAAUCAUUUGGCCUAACUCGAAUUGGAAAAUAAAAUUUUUAUUAUUAUUUUCAGCGUUAGACAGUGAUUAUGUUAAAUUAUUUUUUGAUUAUGAAAUGAAAGAUUCUGAAUGGAAUAAUCUUUACUGGAAGAUUACUAACGAUCUUAUUGAGGAAAAAUUAUUUUCUUUUGAUAAAACACUAUAUGGAGAUGUUGAUUUUGAAGGAAACGAAGAAGAAAUGGAUAAAUUAAUUGAAGAAGAAGGAGUAUAUCAUCGUAUUCAUUAUGUUAUGAAGAACAAAGAAUAUACAGUUGCGGAAUUAUUAUCCUAUAAUAAGGUAAUAAACCGAAGGAAAUUUGAAAAUUAUUUGUUAGUUUUGGGAAAGUAAAUUUGAAAAAUAUCCAAAAUAAGACUAGAGUUAGGCAGGAUCGGGAUCAUUAUUCCAAAUCCCAAUCUAGUUUUUGGCCAAUCCAGGUCCCGCAAUCACACCCUUAACCCCAAUCCCUCGUCAUUAUUCCAAAAUCCCGAUUUUAUGUCUGUACC